GAUGCUGGCGCUGCCGCCGGGCGCUCGCCGCCGUCUGGGGAACAGAGCAGCUCGAGCCCGAGUCCGAGCGCAGUGAACGACUUGCCUCGGGACCCCUAGGAACCCAGGACCCCCGACCCACGAUGUCCAGGAAGAAGACCCCUAAGAGUAAGGCGGGGAGUGCGCCCGCUUCUUCUCUGCCCACAGCCAAGGAGAACGGGCCGGUGGGCUCCGGAGGGGGCGGCUGUAGCCCGGGCCCUGGCCCUGCCCCCAAGGCACAGAGGAACGGGCUCCUGCUGCCAGGCCGCCCGUCCCUUAGCAGCAGCGGUGAUUUCUACGACGUUGCUUUCAAGGUGAUGCUAGUAGGAGACUCAGGAGUGGGGAAGACCUGUCUGCUGGUUCGAUUCAAGGAUGGUGCCUUCCUGGCUGGGACCUUCAUUUCCACUGUGGGCAUAGACUUCAGGAAUAAAGUCCUGAAUGUGGACGGAGUGAAAGUGAAGCUGCAGAUCUGGGACACUGCUGGGCAGGAGCGGUUCAGAAGUGUGACCCACGCCUAUUACCGGGAUGCCCAUGCUCUCCUUCUGCUUUACGAUGUCACUAACAGAGCAUCCUUUGACAACAUCCGAGCCUGGCUGACCGAGAUCCACGAAUAUGCACAAAAAGAUGUGGUGCUCAUGCUGUUGGGAAACAAGGUGGACUCUACCCAGGAGCGAGUGGUUAAAAGGGAAGACGGGGAGAAACUGGCCAAGGAGUAUGGGGUGCCCUUCAUGGAGACCAGCGCGAAGACAGGCCUGAAUGUGGAUUUGGCCUUUAAGGCCAUUGCAAAGGAGCUGAAGCACAGGUCCAUGAAGAUGCCAAGUGAACCCAAAUUCAAGCUGCAUGAUUAUGUGAAGAGAGAAGUUCGAGGCUCAGGCUGUUGCCACCCCUGACCUGGAGCUCCCAGAGCCUGCUAGCCCUGCCUAGGGACAGGUCAGUUUGGAGACCUACUGUGCUGACCAAAUGGGACUCUAGCUUUGUACUUAGAGGGCCUGUUGGUCUCCUGGACCUGCAUCCUUUGGACCUUUAGAUUGUGAGCUCAUUGAGGGCAGCAACCAUCUUUUGCCUUUUUGUAUCCCCAGGGCUUAACAUAGUGCCUGGCACAUUGUAGGCACUUAAUAAACAAUUAUUUACCGACAAAAAUUUGGGCUGUCCUGGAUGCUGACAGACUGAAAGCUGGGAUAGAGGUGGAAGUCCGGUCUGAGCACACCAGCCUCCAGUCUUGCUUUCUAAGAGCAUAAAUGCACACAAGGUUUGCAUUUAUCCUCUUCAUUCCUUGGAAGGUGAUAAAACCUUAAAAACAAUUUUAAAACCAGGUAUAGCUUACGAAGAUAACCCACAUGGUAGUACUUUAAGGUCUUUUCCUAUUACAAAUCAGGAAAUAGCAUCUUUUUUGUGGUCUUCUCAUAUAGAAUAAGGUCAUGGAUACUGACCAUAAAAUUAAUCCCUUACAAAUGUACAGCUUUUUACCAUUUCUAAGCACAUCGCUGUCCUCCCAGCCAAGCCUCUCAAUAACCUUGAAGUGGGCAGAGUAUCCCAUUUUAUGGGCGAUAAAACAGAUCACUAUUUACCCAAAAUGGUUACAUAGCUGGCCCUUAAACCAAGCCUCUUGAUUCCUAACAUGAAGCCUGUUUCAACUGGGCUCUGCCACAUGGCUGUUUUCCCCCUUAACAAGUAUCCACUCCUUCAGAGUGCACUCCACUCCAGUUGAAAUAAGCUGAAAAACAAAAUCCCACUUCCAGGGACUCAAACCAUGUAUCAUUUCAAACCACCGGUGGGGCUUGGAAAUGAAUGAUACUAGGUGUGCUAUCAAAGCCAGUCUAGGAGGGCCCUCAUACACCAGCAAACUCCAUGCGUGGAGACUGAAUAGAAUAUUUUACAGGUAACUAUGAAACAAUUCUCUAAUUUAUCAAGUCUCAUUUGGCAUACUGGAACAAGUUUCAGGUGCUCACCAAAAAGGGUCCGGAACAGUAAGGGUAACAAGGUCUUGAAUUACUUAAUUAAUCAAGUCAUCUUGAUGGUAGCAGUGUAACCACUGAAUUCCACAGAGGACCGUAAACAGCAUAUAAAAGCGUUCCCAAUCAAGAAAGUAGAUUUAAAGAGCAAUGAGCAAAGCUUUUGUCUUGUUUCCAAAAAGGCUCGUAGGUUCUAUAGCCCUGAAUUCAGUGGUCAUACUGUAUUAUGUCCAAUGAUAGCUUUUCAUAUCAUGAAGUUCUGCUGAAACAAGACUAAGUUACUCCGACCUUGUACAAACACCUUUCCUGUUGGCCCUUCUGUUCAUGGCUGUUAUGUACUACAAUGCUGUCAAUAAAAAGUUUGUUGGUUUUUAAAAAA